CUGCCACAAAUGGCCGCGUGCGGCAGACAAAAGCGCAUGAAAAAUUCAUGAGCCAAAAGUGCGUCAUUAUUAAGCAAACGACGAACAUCAUCAUCAUCAUCACCGUCAACAGAGCGUCGCAGGUCGUCAGAAUCGAACUUUGAGCGGCCAAUGAACGGCUUUCGAAUACCCAAAACAUAGAGCUAGUCGAAGCUAGCCGUCAAGUCAACAUGCAAAUUGCUGGGCGAGCAACCGAACAAAACGAACAGAGCGAACAGAGUGAACAGAGCGAAGCGAAACCAGCGCCAGAAACACAAUAAAAAAUUGCCUAUAAAUGGGCGGAAGAGCAGAGUCCGAUGGGAGCGACGCAGGUGGUGCUGUCGGAGGCGUAGCUGCGGCAUUGGGUGGCAGGAAUUUAGUCGCACGCACAAGGACAACAACAGCAAAGCGAAGGACAACAGACAGCGGCAGCAGCAGCAGCAGGAGCAGCAGCAGCGGCGGCUGCGGCAGGGCACUCAAACAGAACAACAAAGGGAAACUUCCGCAUAGGAUGCGUCGAAACGGAAGUUAUUUUGGCCAUUUGAACGCACGGAUCUAUCUCAUCUAUUUGUGCUGCUAUCUGCUGCUGAUAAUGGCAGCAGCUGGCAGCAACAAUGUGGUAAAUGGACUCAAAUGCUACUGCAAUCCAAAGGAAUGCGAUGUUAUACGCGCACUCGACUGCCCCGGCAAGGGCCUAAUGCUCUGGGAUCCCUGCCAAUGUUGUCGCAUUUGCGCCAAAACUCUGGGCGAAUCCUGCGGCGGACCCGGCGGCUUUUCCGGCCAAUGCGAACCGCCCCUGCAGUGUGUCACCAAACUGCCCAUUAGCAGCGGCCUGGGCGUCUGCAUGGGUAAGCAUCUAUCGCAUAUCCUAUUGACUCACAAAUACACAUACAUACAUAUGAAUAUCUAAUGGGCAUAUGCGCCG